AUGGAUCUCGACGGGAAAUCGUCACUCUCGUCGCUUUCCGUUCUCUCUCACGAUUCAAGUCCGCAUCCAUCAUCCUUGAUCUUCACCAAAAGCCACACAGAUGAUUCCUUCCGUCCUUUGGCAGGGGACACUCCUGUGAAAUGGCAAGCAUCUCAUAAAGAGUUCCACUUCAACAGCAAUAGUACACCUUCCAAAUCCAGCAGCACCGAUGCGUUCGAGGAUCCGGCUCGCAAGUUAAUGCGCAAGAGACGUGUGGCAAGAAGCAAUCUCAGUGGUGCCAAACCAAGGCUGCAUUCCAACUUAAAGGCUUCCACCACGAAACUGGAUCUUUUGGACGAUCACAAACUCACAAGCUUGCCCAUUCCGCACCCUCUCGAGGAACCCAGUCAUCAUAAAACCCCUCGGAACUUGACUCAUGAGGCUCAAAUUCGCAUCCAUGCCGACAAUAGACGUUUCAGUGUUGAUCCCAAGCUUGUAAAGCAGGAUUGCGAUGGUACAGAUCAUGAAGAAUGCCAUCCACCCAUAGUCCUGGUUGAAGACUACAUUCCUGAUGAUUCUCGACGACUCAAGUUCGCGCGGAGUAAAGUCUCCAUUUCCGAUUUGAAGAGUAAAGUUAGCAAAAGUAAAUCUCCUAACUUGCCUAUUAAGCACAGAACAAAACGCACGAUUUCGGCCACGUCGUCGCUCACUCUAACACCGCAUGUGAGGGAUGGCGACUCUGUUGUUAACAUGGGUAUGAUCGAGGAAGAUUCAUUUUUACUAAGGGCUGAUCAGCGAUCUGCCAAAUCUGACAAGACUGCCGUAGCAGACAUCGAGGAAUUUCUGGGCGCAGUUAUCAAGCACAAUGAUGACAAAGACAUGUAUCUUCAAAGCUUGAAUGUUGAGAAUAAAGUCAAAGGUUGCGUUAUUUGCGAAAAGCCCUUGUAUGAGAUAAGUUCGCUAAUCGAAGGUCGCCCUUUCCGCGAAAUAGUGUGUUCUUCCUGUACGGUAAAAUAUGAAGAAACGGCAAAGCUACUUGAAGACUACGAGUUCGAUACAUCUACGGACUCAGCAAACAAUUCACACGAUUUCAGCAUGGAGAGUGAAGGAUGGGCUGGCGAGGCAGAUGAGGCACUGCCUCUAGAUACCAAAAGACACAAGACGGGACAGUUCUCGUCAAACCUCAUCAGCAGACUUCAAACGCAGCUAAAACAAAGGGGCGGUCCGGGUCCUAGCAAUAACAACGUUGUCGAUUCAAAGACAAUGAUUUGGUUUAUCGAGGCGAAACGGAAGCUUCGAUGGAGGUGGGGAGCAAGUGGCUUGUUUCCACAGUUUCUUGCUGGCAAAAGAAAUGUAUAA